AUGUACCACUUUUUCCUUCACAAUGGCGCUGUUGAUUCAUUGGAACGAGUCAAAGCUGCAGGCAUGCUGCCUGGGGAAGACAAUGUCCCUCUGCGUUUUACCUAUACUGGUAUCCAGGCUGUGGAUAACUUCUGCAUUGAAGUUGUGAUAGGUUUCUGGCCGCUGAGCCGGGGUACUUUGUCGGCCCAUUCCCUCUACUGUGUUCUGCUCUUUUUUACGGCCAUAAUUCCCGCGUGGAUCCUUUUCUUCCUGCAGUCAGCCCAACGAUCGACCCCACUGCAGGCAGCAUGGAGGACAUGUUUGCUAGCGGUUAUUGCUCAAAUCAUCGGGCCAGGCGUUUUCUUUCCCAUGUAUACAGCCUGGGACCUUUUUAUGGGACCGCAUUCAAACGUGCCCAUCGCGGGAAGCACCCUUCACUUCAGCCAGAUCACAAUUCCUGUUUCACUUAUGUUGGGUGGCGUUCUUCCAGCCCUGACCCUCCUACUCCCUAGUCCGUCAUGGAUGACAUACGAUACAAAACAGUAUCUUAUUGUCGUCAUACAGCUAUGGCCUGUUCUGGUGUCCACUGUCAUCCAAAUUCUGGGCCCACUUCGAACUGCAGCUCAGGAACGCCCCCAUCGGAAAUCACAUCAUGGGUCUCUCUACCGAUUCGCAUUGACUUGUGCCUCUGUAUCCCACCUCGGGGUCUACACUGUGGCAGCUGCUUCGGUGAUAUUUCCUACUCAUUUCGGUCGUGCUCUUUCGGCAGAUAUACACCCCUUUCGGCUCAUGCUCCCCGUGCUCCCUUGGUCCGGUACGCGGACGGACUCCGUUGAGGAAGGGGUGUUUUGGCUUUUGCAAUGGGAUUACGCUGUUGCGAGUGUGUCGGUCCUCCUCUGGGCAGUGGAGCACUUCUUUCGUGAAAAGUGGAGACGCGUGGAAAAGGUGGACUGGACUUCGUUCGCCCUUAAUCUGUUUAUACGAGUUGUGUUCUGUGGGCCAUGCGGUGCUGCGGUACAGCUGAUGUGGGCGCGAGAAAACAUAUUGCAACGCGAUGACGGAGAUUUUGAAGGUGAAAAGAGACCCGUGGCAUAA